CCAUGGCCAUGUUAAGAGUAUCUUCAUACCGCAAGAUGUUUGAGGAGCAGCAGUGGAGCCGGGCUGCAGAACGCUGUGGAUUCCAGGCCCGCUUCAGUGCAAGGGGUGGAGUUUCAAUGAGUGAAUGUCCCGAGCCAGAUUUUGCUGCAGCUCGUGCUCUAAACAAGGAGGGUGUGGCUCGAUUUUUCCAUGAGAGCUCUGUCAUCGCCGCCCUCAAUGAUCGCCUGGCUGUCCUUAUCGAUGUGGUUCGAUGUCUGGAGGAGGAGAACGAAUCUCUGGAGGUUCAGAUCAUUGAGAUGGAGGAGAGGAUGGAGUCAGAGCGGAGCUCAACGACCACCAACAACAUCAGUGGUCCUGCAGACUUCAAUCUGGAGGCUGUGAUAGGCAGACUCCGCAAAGAGAAGGAGGAGAUUUUAUGUGACACAGAGGAGCUUAAGGGUGAGCUGCAGCGUCUUCAGAAGAAAUAUGAUGAGGUGGUUGAACAAAGGACUCUCAUCCAGCUGGAGCAAGAGGAUGUCUCAGUGGAGGUGGAUGCAAUUACCGCUUACUGCCUGGCCCUUCGAGAGCAAGUGUCCAUCUAUGAGGAGCAGCUGGUAGCCAUGGAAAGGCAGCAUGAAAUGAGGGUGGAGAACCUGUGUGAGCCCAGGCCUCUGGAUGAAGGUUCUCCCAUUGUUUCCCUGCAAUUCCCCUCCAUUGAUAUCACACCAGCUAUCAUGGACAUCAAAGAGUAUUACAGUGAGCUGGCUGAAAGCCUAAAGUUCGAAUCCAGAGCCUCGAGUGCUGCCACCGUUGAUGCUGCAGAAAAGGGGAAGCAGGAACAGCUGGCUGAGCUGACUCGAGGGAAAGUGAUGGACAUUUCCAAAGAGACCGACGUGAACAACUUGAAGGACCUGAUUACAGAGCUGCAUAAAGAGGUGGCUGAGCUGGAGAAGUAUGGAGAUGAGCUUCAGGCUGAAAUAGAGGCAGAAAAAGCUAAAUACAUGGAAGAGAUAGAAGAGCUAGAGAAUUACAUUUGUCAAGUGGAGGAAGAGCAGGCUGAUCUUCAUCUUCAGAUGAAGGUGCAAAGUGGGGAUUAUGAAGAACUGCUGAGUCAGAAGAUGGCUCUGGACAUAGAGAUCGCUGCCUACAGGGGAUUGGUGGAAGAAGAGGAAGAGAGACUGAGCUGCCUGUAAGGUGCAAGAAAGGUUUAGAGAGCAGAGACGCCAAGACAUAGAUGUUCUCCUCUGGACGGCAGCAGACACAAAGAAACACUAAAACUACUUACAAUUCAACCCUUAACAGUGAGCCACACAAAUCAGAAAAGAAAAAGAAAACAGAUGUCAGACACACUUAACCUUUUGAGCAGAUUUAAACCUUCUCUAAAGAUAAACAUAUGAGUGUUCAUGCAAGCUUAUUGAUAACUGGUCAGUGGUAGGUAACCUUAGGUCCUCAAUUUAGACUGUGGAAAAAUCCUUGUGAGGAGUGUGUUCGCAUUGGGGGUAUGCUUGUAGAAAGUGUGAGAGAUGGGGUUGGGAUCUUCAGUACAGUAAUCUUCUGUUUGAAUUUGAACAGUCCUUAAACCUUUCAAUGAUGCACACACAUAAUCAUAAUCUCUCACACAUAUGCAUACACACAUUCACUGUUCCUCUUUCUCUCUCUCUCUCUCUCACUCUCUUGGUGUGUGUGUAGCUCUGUUGAAUAAUUCACUCUUUGAGCCUUGUCAUUCUGCAAAUACAGGCUCUUGCACGGUCCAAAAGCUUUUUUUAGGGCACACAAUGAGUGAUAAUGCCCUACAAAGAAAGGUAAAUAAACAAAU